GAGAGAGAGAGAGAGAGAGAGAGAGAGAGAGAGAGAGAGAGAGAGAGAGAGAGAGAGAGAGCAGACAACAAAGUAAUACAACCACAAAGACAACAUCUAAAGCACCAGUAAACAUCAGGGAUGGACCUGCCUCUGUUCCUCGUCCUUGUUUUCUCAGGGCUGUCCUUCCUCCCCUCAUACCGCCCUCAUCAGUUCCACUUUGUGGAAAUGAGAAAGACCUGGACUGAAGCUCAGAGUUUCUGCAGACAGAACUACACUGACCUGGCCACCAUAGAUGACAUGGUAGAUAUGAAGAAGCUCCAUAACACAGAGGAUUUUACAGCCUGGAUAGGGCUGUAUCUCAGCAGCUGGAGGUGGUCUCUGGGAAACAUAGAGUUAGAGGGGGAGGGGUUUUGGGCCACAGGACAUCCAGAAAAUUAUCGCAACAAAGAAGAGUUCUGUGUGUAUAUGAUGCAAAAUGGGCUUAGGCAUGAUGACAACUGUGACAAACAAUGGUAUUUUGUCUGCAAUGAUGAGAAAAAUGCGACCAAUAAGUAUAUUGUCAUCACUGAAUCUAAGACUUGGAGUGAUGCUCAGCUCUACUGUCGGGAGAAACACACUGACCUGGCCAGUGUGAGGAACACAACAGAGAUGGAGACCAUAAAGUCUAUCUUACUAAAUCCUGGCAACAAUCAACCAGUGUGGAUUGGCCUGAAGAAAUCUCUUGGAGUCUGGUCUGAUCAGAGUGGCUCCUCCUACAGAAACUGGGAUUCAAACGAGCCGAAUGGGGGAAAUGAUGGAGCCUUCUGUGGUGAAGUAAAAUCAUCUGGAAAGUGGAAUGAUAAAGCAUGUACUCAGACACAACCCUUUAUUUGCUACGAUGAUGAGCUGGUCCUGGUCUCAGAGAACAAGACGUGGUCAGAAGCCCUGUGGCACUGCAGAAACCUGGACAUGGAGCUGGUGUCUGCCCACAACCAGAGCAUCCAGCACCUGGUCCAACAGAGAGCCAAGAAGGCCUCCACUCCCUUCGUCUGGCUGGGCCUGAGGUACACCUGCACCCUGGACUUCUGGUUCUGGGUCAAUGGAGAAGAGUCCUGCUACCACAACUGGGCCGAUGGGGAGGGCUACAACACCAGCAAGGAGCAGUGUGGGAACACGGGGGCCAUUCAGAGAGACGGGGGACAGUGGGUCGGCAAGGCUGAGACUGAGAGAUUCAACUUCAUCUGCAGCAAAAGUGAUGAUUACUAGAACCAGACCCUACUCUCUGUAGACCAGCUGAACCCUACAGUCCAGAAUGUUCCAGAUCCUGCACUGUAGACCAGCUGAACCCUACAGUCCAGAAUGUUCCAGACGUUCUCACAUUUACAUUAUAUAAGGUGAUGGAUACAGGAUAUUUUCAAUAAUGUUACGUCGUUUAUUAUCAUAUUUUGUUUGAAUAUUUUAACACACUGUUAUGCUGUUACUGUUUCCAUCCUGUACGUUUCUUAAAAACACUCAUUAUACCAUUAAAAACACUAAGAUGUGAAGGUCUUGAGUUGUUUACUACUCUAUCAAGUGAUAGACAAUAACAGCCUUUUAGUAGACACUUGUAUCUGAAGUGACUUAUAUUCAUGCAUGGAUUUUACUUAGGGGUGGUCCCAGGAAUCAAACCCACUCUUCUAGCAUUGCAAGCACCCUGCUCUACCAACAUUAGCCACAGGAAGUAGUUUGGGCUUAGGGUGGGUGCUGCAAUAUUUUGGUGACGGGUCACAACUUGUUUCCAAGUGAAAACCUAAAUGGUCUAUUCAUUCCUUUUUAGUAGACACUCUUAAUCAGAUCAGUAUAGUAGUGAGUGGAAACAUUUUAAUACAUUUAGGUACUGGUCCCACGUGGGAAUCAAACACUCAACCCUACCAUUGCAAGUACCAUGCCAUACCAACUGAGCCACGUCAUCACAUCACCACAAACCACUUGAUGUUUCAAUGUACUCAAUUACUGGAUUGUGUUGUUCUUUAUGCUGAUGGAAAGUCUACAGGUACAAACCUAGAUGACCAGCCUCUGUACAAUACACUAAUGUACAUUUACAGUACGUGGUUUGUAAGGAUGGUCAAUUAAUACUGCUCAAAAAGUGGUUGUUUUCCAUGUUUUUUGAUCAAUCAGACUAUUUAAUUUCAUAUGGAUGUUUUGUGUCUUUGCCAAUAAUUUUGGACCUUUUUUUUGUGUAAAUGUUUGAGGACAGGGUUUUGUUCUUUCUGGAUUCCAUUAGAAUGAUGAUCUCAGAGAAAGGGACAAGGCAUCGACUAUUACAAUUCAAACUGCUGAAUCCUACAAAAUACUGAUAUUAUUUAUACAACUGCCUUUUAUGCCAAAGUAGAGAUGCUGAAAAAUGUUUUCUUUUGAUUUGUAAGGGGGUGACAACAACCUCAGCACCACUACUUCCUGCGGCUAUGCUAACAACUGAGCUACAUUUACACUGUUACUGUUUCCAUAGUUACAAUUAUAUUUUAUAUUUGUCAUAGAUGUUAUUUAAUAUUUAAGUUGAACUUUUAGUUUGUUUGUAACAGUUAAUUUGGAGUUCAACAAACACUUUACAUUAUUUCAUUUUAAUGUUAUUCAACUUUUAUUUUUAAACAGCUAAUUUAUUAGUUAUUUGAUUUAUCAAUAAUGUAAAUUGUGUGAUACUUACUUAGAGGAUAUGCUAAAUGUGAUUCUUUGUAGUGGUGGAAAGUCUAUAUUCAACUAAUCGGUUGUUACAUUCCUCAGCUAGAAAACCAAAUAAUGUCGCUCAAACAGAAGGGGGAAGUAACAAAGUCACUGACAAACCAUAAAACGGAACAGGUUGGUGUUAAGGAGUGGCUCUGAAAGACAAUCAUGGCGGAGUCCACUGAAAGUUGCCUAGCAACAACAACUGGAACCUAUAAGACACCCACCAUGAGCCUCCACUAAAUUUGCCAAAGAAGAGGUAAACAAAAUAAAAACCCACACCAAACUUAAAGACAGGAAGCGAACCAAAAAGUGGAACAAAAAGAAAAACAGGGAAGAUCAGGUAAAGGUUGUUUUUCUAGAAAUAACAUAGAGAGUGCCAACUAAAGAGAAUUGUAGAACUGGGCCAGCCACUGUUAAAUAGAACCUUGGCCAGCACAGCUGAAACACCUUCCCACUAACGAGAUGGACAAGAAAGCACAGGUGUAACACGUGUUUGUUAUAUCUAGCCUAGCUGUAAAAGAACGCACAUCUGCACAGUUUCACGUUUAAUGACAUGUGCCACUCAUCCUGACAACCCAUUCAUCCGUAAAGCAGCACACUGUCGUAAACCAUAACAACGUAUAGUAUGACGUACAGCACGUCGUACCAUACAUAACAGUACUGACUAACGAGGUGACACCAACCGGUGCGCCCAACGUGCUAACGUGCUAUAUGUGCUAAAGUCCAACCUCAAAACAUACAUGGAAAAACCAAAGCCCGCAACACGAUUCAAAUGCUUUAAUUGCAAAUGAAGUUAAACCUCUAUAUUUUAUUAAUGGUGAUGAAUUCAAAUUGCUAAUGUUCAUCCUAAUUAGUAUUGGAUCACAUAUCUCCUUUUGUUUACUGUUUACAUGAUGUGGAAAUAUACACUGUGCUUAGAUGUUGUUUUCUCAUACAACGUACAAUGAUUGAUGAAUUGAUUGAUUGGUUGGUUAAUUGGUCAUUUGAUUGCUUGAUUUGUAAAUUGGACUUGUUGAUUAGAUUGACUGCCUGCUUAAUUUGUUAAUUGAUUAAUUGUAUUGAUUAGUUGAUUUGUUGCGUUGAUGAUUAAUUUGUUGACUGAAUUUAAUUGGAUUGAUUGAUUUAUAUGUUAAUAAAGUUUAUUUACCAUCAGAGUGGACCGA